CUAAGGUCUGUCCUCCUACUAAAACUUUAUGGGAUCAUAGAUCAGAAAGUUUAUUGCUGCAGCCAGAGUUCAAGGUAAGAACCUUCUCUCGGGCAGCCUCUCAUUCUGUGACCAUAUGAACCCAUACCGUCAUGGCCAUCUCUUUAUGAGGUAUUGUGUCUAGGACCGAUGACCCUUCUGUAGGCUAAGUAGCUCACAAUAGUUGUUGAGUAUAAGAGUUUUUCACGGGUCUCACGCCAUUGCAGGAACACUACUUGAUUCUUCAAGGACAGCAGAUUUGCUAGUUUGUGAGAUGGGAAAGGUAGCAAGGAGACAUUGAACAAAGGUGUCCUUGUGGUCGUAAGACCAGCUGUGACCUGCUGGGAAAAGCUGAAAAGGAUAGACGGAGUAAAGCCAAAUAAGAAAUGUUCCAUUAUAGUACGAAGGAACUACCAAAGAUAUCAAAAAUACGCUGCUGCCGUUUGUACUUUAACUCUAAUGUUUGAAGCUCUUGUGUGCCCAUUACAAUAACUAAUAAUAAUAAUUCUGUUUUGUUAUACUACAGUGACCAUUGUAUUGGUUUGUAGGGAAGGGAGUAAGAAAUAUUCUCCAUGGCACUAAAAAUAGCAUUGUUGACACCCUCCAGUCCCACGUUCUCUAAAUGUAGAUCCUCCAUUCAGAUAAAUAGGAACCGCAUGCAACACCGUGACAAACAAGUAGACAAGAGGACAGAGGGCUGUAUCUGGGUAAAUACUGACAUCAUGAGCACCCGUGAAUAUUACUGGAGUGGAUGGCGCGGGGCCCUUUCUUAAUUCAGUUCAGCAGAAUUCUACGUUUUUAUUAACUUUGUGUAUAUCACAUACAUCAUAUAUAGGCAUUGCAGAAAAAGUUGUGUGAGAAAAUAUUGAUAUUGGUUAAUCUGACGUUAUUUUUGUAUCACUAUUUAGUAUCUCCUUGGCCUCGCUUUGGGAGUUGUGUCUCUCUCUUUAGUCCUACUGAGGUUGAAUGGAAGGGCUGAUCGGGUCAAAUCCGCUACCGUGUCAACGGAUCAUUUUAUCUAAUGGCUCAGAUCAGGUAAAAGUCUUUAGUAAUUGACAGAUUAAGGGUGCUGGGCGAAUAACCCAGUUAAUCCCAUUAACUCAAACCUUUGCUCUUUAAGAGGUCCCAUGUGUUUUUAUAUGGCUGAAUUUAAUAUAGGCCUUUGGAAGGCUCUUUCGCAAAUGCUAAACUACCAGUAUGGGACUGUUUUUUAACUUCUUUGAAGUGUAGAUGUUGAAAUUACAUUUAGAAUCUUGACGUCAAAAGAUUGUAAUUCUACAAGAAAGCAAAGAUAUGGUUGAUGUUAUUUUUUGCAUAUCAGAACACAAAUUAACAAGAUCUCAGUGUCUCUUAAUCUCCACGUUCUGUAUUUAUUCUGAUUAGGAAUGCAGCAAUAGGCCUACUCUUUGUUCUGUAAACAAUAACAGCCUCGUAGAAAAAGAUAACUCGCAUACACAUCAACGUUGGCCUAAAUAGCCUACAUGCCAGCCAAAUACUGUUCAGAAUCACAAAGCAAAUAUAUCAAAUUCUUACCCACCCUCGCCUCGACAAACUUUCCAUUCACUUGCCCUUUAUUCUGCUACCCUCCUCUUCUUUCUUUUUUUAGAUUAUUGUCUGGAGAACAAAUCCAUCCUUUUUGCUACACAGCCCAUAUUUCUUGUGUAUUGUUCAAAGAGAAACCCAGUAUUCUCUCCUGGCCUGAAUUCUGUAUGAUGAUGGGAAAACAGAAAGACACAUGGUGAGUCAUCAUAAUGAAGGUGUCUGAUUGGACGGGAGAGGAUGUGGUCCGUUGGCUGGGCGACCAGGGCCUGCAGGAGUACUGCGACGCCCUGCGGAGCCUCAACGGACGGGCCCUGCUGGACCUCGGCCCGUCGGACUUCGCGUCGCCGCCUCUCUCCCGGGUGACGUCGGACGGCGGCCAGCAGCUCCUCGAGCGUGUGCAGACCCUGCGGCUGGAGCACCACAUCCGGGCUCACAAAAACGUGCACAACGGACACGCCACCUCCAACGGCGUGAAGGCCAACGGGACGCCCGGCCUCUCCGUCAAGGGGGACACGGGGGUCACCAACGGCAACGGCCCCCCGAAGCACAAGACCCAGCCGGCCCAGAGGAAUGGCGUCCGCAACGGGGCGCUCGUCGGCAACGGCUUCGCGGACGACCGCCACCACGGAGGCAACGCCUGGAUCCAGAUCCCGCUCCCCGCCGCAGGCGCCACGGACUCCUCCUCUCGCUCGCCGCUCCCCGAGGAGUGGGGGCGGACGGGUGUGGCGGUCCUGUACGCCGUGACCUGCUUCGUGCUGACCACGGUGAUGAUCUCGGUGGUGCACGAGCGCGUGCCGCCCAAGGAGGACACGCCCCCGCUGCCCGACAAGUUCUUCGAUUGGUUCGACAGGAAGGAGUGGGCGUUUAUGGUCUGCGAGCUCAUCGGAUUGCUUCUGCUGGCGCUUUGGCUCGUCAACUGGGCCCUCCACAAGCACAGGUCUAUCGUGGGCCGUCGGUUCUUCUUCAUCAUCGGGACACUGUACCUGUACAGGUGUGUCACCAUGUACAUCACCACGCUGCCCGUACCUGGCAUGCACUUCAGGUGCGCCCCCAAGGUGAUGGGUGAUCACAUGUCCCAGGCUGGGCGGGUGUUCAAGAUGAUUGCGGGCGGGGGUCUCACCAUCACGGGCUCCCACCACAUGUGUGGCGACUACCUGUACAGCGGCCACACCGUCAUACUCACCCUCUGCUACCUCUUCAUCAAGGAGUACUCCCCCAGGCGCUUCUGGUGGUGCCACUGGCUGUGCUGGCUGCUGUGGGCUGUGGGUCUGUUCUGCAUCCUGCUGGCCCACGACCACUACUCCAUAGACGUGGUGGUGGCCUACUACGUCACCACACAGCUCUUCUGGCUCUACCACACCAUGGCCAACCAGCAGGCCCUCAAGGAGCACUCCCCGACCAACUUCGUGUCGCGGGUCUGGUGGUUCCGCAUCUUCCUGUACCUGGAGGCCAACGUCCAGAGCACCGUGCCCCGCCACUACCAGCUGCCCUCCCUGCUCAAGAGGCUGCUGCGGAGCCAGGUCCGCUACAGCCGGCUGGCGGACAGUGAGUGCCCCUGACCACCAGGGGGCGCCAGAGGGAGGCGGCCCAGGCGGGCGAUGCGGACUAUAAGGACACGUUUAACGGGGGAGAUUAGCAGCCGGUCGACCAAGCGGGCGGACAAGAAGGACGGGUAGGCUGACAACGGGCCGACAGACGGACGGGUGUUGAUAAUGAACAGCAGGGAAUCCGGACACAUUGACUACUUACGAUAGAAUGGACAGACAUGACGAUUAUGGACGUAAACUCCCCAUGGUUGAGGAAUGGAUCACAGAGAAGAUUGACGGAUUGAACCUUAACAGCGCUUGUGCCACGCCCUUUUAUCACCAUGCUCGGAUUAGAACCUCUUACCACGGAGAAAUUGGUGCCAUGUCUUUCUUACCCUUUUUGUUAAAUCCCGUUGGGACCAUAGAACAUGCUUCUGGCAGUAUGGGUGCCAUGUGUUGCUCACUGGGAUUGGAACCUAUGGCCCUCUGACCUGACCCGCAGAAGCGCUAUGCGAAGAAGGAUAUCAUUUAAGACAAACUAGCACAUUUCAAUAAGGUUAACCUCCAAGAUGGACACAGGGUUCAGUUCAUCAGCCAAACUGUAUCCCUCACCGUCUACAAUCACAGAGCUGAGAAUGUUUUCUAAAAUGAGUGGACAAACGGGAAAGAAAGGGCAAUCAACACUCAAUACAAAGUGCCAUUUUCGGCCCGAGUUUGCCAUCUUUUUACUGUAGGUGGAAGUCCCCCAUAAUUGUGUCGUUUUUGUAUGUCCCCAGUUAAAGAAGCACGUGUCUCUAAACUCCCCUUCACUGUGGCCUUUUGCUUCAGGCCUCAACAUAAUUCAAACAGCAGAAGGUGUGUGAUUCCGACCUUAGAUCCAAAACCUAUAUUUGAACUAAAGUAAUGGCCGCAGUGAAAGAGUUCAGCGGUGAAGUUUUAUGCAAGUAUUUAAAAUGUUUGAUAAAUUAUUGGUGUAGCUCUACUUUACAUAAAUAUGCUAUUAUUAUGUCAUGGGAAAAGUUAGUUUCAUUUCACAGGUGGUGCUAUCAAAGUAUUUAAAACUCCUCAAGUUCAACAGCUUUGUCUUGAACCAAAUAUCUCCUUCACAAGAUGUCUCAAUAAAUACUCACUGAAGGGUGUUUUCAGAUUGGACUUUACAUUCAAAGAGCUGAUUGGCUGCUGUGAGUCAACAGUAUAGCCCACACCUGUUCAUUUCAAAGCCUUUCAGGUCCACUACGUGAACAAUCCUUUACAUGCACAAACAUGUGGCUAUUCCUCUGGCCCACCGUUGAGCUAAGCGAUACUGCAGACUAACGAUUGGACAAAAUCGAAAUGUCUAUUGAAUGUCUGCCCUGGGUUUAGACACAACCGCCACUUUAAAAAUGUCCCAGCAUCAGAGAGCACAACACUGGCGCCACAAAGGAACGCCUUCACUCCUGGCCGGUAAAGUUAAGCAUUGUAUAUGUGUGUCUUCUGUUUACACCAACCAACAAAACCUACAUAGUUGUUGUUUUUGGCCCGUGCAAAAUAAUCAGUUGUAUAUUUAAUUUUGUAAAUCUGUCUGGAUUUGAAUUGACUUUCUCCAACUGCAUUUCAAUGGCCUUCAAUUCAAUUGCAGUCAUUACAAAAGUUAUUAAGUGAAAAGCACUGACUCCUCCUACCUUCAUGUCUAGUUGAGCGCAGACAUCUCAUUGGCCAGGUAAGUAACACCAUCAUGUCUUCAAUUUAGUUUUGUCAAACCUCUUUUUUUUUUGUUGUUUGUUUUUUUAAGAACUGAGUAUGAAUGGUAAGUUAUGGAGUGGUUUUCUUUGUUUAUCUGUUACAGAAUUUAUUAAAAAUGUUUUUCAGUUAAUGGUUUAUAUGAUUCAUAGUCAAGAGAGUGUGUGUGUGUGUGUGUGUGUGUGUGUGUGUGUGUGUGUGUGUGUGUGUGUGUGUGUGUGUGUGUGUGUGUGUGUGUGUGU